CGUGAGUUCUCGUGGGUCACCUCACUACUAAGUAAGCUAAUCUAAAGCUAAUCGGUGUGAGCAAGCAGAACCCACGUACUUAUAUACUCUAGAGACAGAGGAGAUCCCUUUCUUUUGUCUGCCGCAAUCAUAGCCUUCCGAGCAACACGCGCCAUCAAGAUGAGCGAAGCAUUCACUAAUUUUAUGGCGGGAUCGCCCCUCAAUCGUCUAUCAUGGCUGAGGCCAUCUCAUUCAUUCCUCAAUGCUGUCAUUGUUUCACCAGCGACGAGGUGGAUCUUAUUCAAUGGAGGACAGCCACUUGUCGCUUCUCAUCCGGGUACACAGAAGCGAAGUCUGGCGCUGUUGACUACUGAGGACGUUAUGCCUUUGGUCGGCGCAGGACCAUUCUUUGGGCAAUGCGAGCAGGAAGGAGAAAACUCCACACCCGAUGUACCUGCUCUUGAGGCUGCCCGAGUCCGUGGUCCAACGAUAGUCUUCCUGGGUUUACAAGAGGCUGAAACGUCAGAAAGUGCUCUCCCAUCUUCCGACUUCAAAGAUCCCCAUUCUGCUGUCGAAAAACUCGAUGGAUCCUCUUACUUUUCCGUGGAUGUCGCGGACCUUGACGAGAAUAAGGUUAAUGCAGCUGUAGAGAACACUGGGCUUGCAAAGGAUGGCUCGACACUGACUUUUCUGGAGCCACGUGCGGCGAUGUCAAGCCUUGAUGUUCGUUUCGCAGCGAUCUUUGCGGAGGCUCGGAGCAUGGUGGAUUGGAAUCAAAGGAACAAGUUCUGUCCCGCUUGCGGUUCGCCCGUAUAUUCUUUGUGGGCUGGAUGGAAGUUGGGCUGCACAUCUCUACUUCCCUGGGCUGAUAACACGGACAGGAAACCUUGUCCCUCUGGGCGAGGGCUAAACAAUUUUUCUCAUCCUCGAACGGAUCCCGUUGUAAUCAUGCUCGCCAUUGAUGAAUCAGGAGAGAAAAUCCUUCUCGGGAGAAAUAAAAAAUUCCCCGGCCGGUUCUACUCCGCGCUUGCUGGCUUCGUCGAGCCAGGCGAGUCCUUCGAGGAUGCCGUCAAGCGGGAGAUGUGGGAGGAAGCUGGAGUGAAGGUCUGGGACAUCCGAUAUCACUCUGGACAACCUUGGCCAUAUCCAGCCAACUUGAUGAUCGGCUAUUACGCGACCGCUGAUUCUUCUGCGCCAAUCCGUACUGAUCUGGAUAACGAACUCGAAGAUGCUCGGUGGUACACCAGAGAAGAAGUGCUUGCUGUCUUGAGACAUGCUAGGGGAACUAUCAAUAACGACAGCGAGCCGCCCUUCAAGAUUCCCUCGCCAACCGCAAUCGCGGGCGUCCUCAUUCAGCACUGGGCAGAAGGAAAGGGAAAGAUACAAUUAGAUGCGGGUGCGAGCGCGACUACAGCAAAGGCAUUCGAAUAGUGAAUAAGUAAAUUCUGCAGAAGCACGACGUACAGUCCGUCUCAGUAGCGGCUGCAAGAGCUCGUGCAGGAGUAUAUCAGUGUGAGACUCCGCGAUACAAAUGUUUUUGUACCAAAGUGCUUAGUGGAUCCACAGUAUAAUACGAGUUUCGAAUAUAGGAAUAGAUAGCGAUUCGACUUAC